AUGUCAUUUUAUAAGAAGGUGGAGAAUGCAUCAGGUCUGAAUGAUGAAGUGCCUGCACUGGAAUCCUAUUUGCCUAAUUCAAUCAUUUAUAUCACUCUGUAUUGCUUGGCUGUACCACCAAAUAUCUUAUUAGCAUAUAUGGGCCUGAAGAAGGGCCUUAUUUUGUCACGUGUCAAGUAUCCGACCUUAGGCAUGACAAUUGCCAAUUUGUAUGGACUUUUUGGAUAUUUGAUGCUGAAUUCAAUUUAUUUAAUAGUGCUAUUCGGUAACAUUAAGCUCAGUCUGUUUCUAUGUAGCUUAUUGCGCACGGUUAUUUACAAUACCACCUACGUCAUCUAUUUCCUAUUUCCGGUAUUAGCCAUUGACCAGUGGCUGUUGGUAUGCCAUAACUGUGAUUUAAGCAUCAAAACGUUAACAUUAGCAAUUCUGACAUGUUUUGUGAUUCCAAUGUUAAUUGCCAUCUACGAUCUUUGCCUUCAGGACGUGCUCCUCUAUGAUUUUAUAUUUGCGUAUAUACGAAUGUCACCUUAUACUAAUGUUUUUGUAUUCUUCGUAUUGUCGCCAUCAUUUUUCAUUUUCUCAUUCAUAUGUAAUCUGUUGGUGCUUUCAUCUAUCGUUCGAAGACAAACCAAAGCAGCAAGGAAGCAAAGUGGAAGAAGUUUAAAUCCAAGACAUCUGCAACAACAAAAAGCAAUUGUUUAUACAUAUAUUUUGCAAGCAUUUAUGCCGCUUAUCUUGGCUACGCCAUAUUACAUUGCAAAUGUAUUUUUAAUGUUUUCAAUCGAUAUAGACAUGAUAUGGUUUACUGUUGGCGAAGCAAUUAUUGGCAUUCAUCCACUUUCAAAUGCUUUAAUUAAUUUAUUCUUACUUCGACCCUAUCGACGAGCACUUAAGAAGAUGUGGAUGAAAAAAGAACAGAAGGCUGUGCAAUAUGAUUCUAUUACGAUUGCUAAUACACAUUUCAUGGAUGGCGAUUGUUUCUUGUGA